AUGUCCGCAAUCACCACACCCGAACAUCUUGAAAACGUCGAACCACUGCAGUCACCUCUUGGUAGACAUAUAAUACAACCGGGAGCUCACCUCUUGAUCCGAUUGCCGUCGAAAGAGGUCCGUCAAGUUCGCCUGGAUAAGGAACCUGGAGAGAAAACCAUCAACUUUGGCAAGUUCGGAAGUCUUAAACAAAAAUACCUUGUAGGGCAGCCAUUCGGAUUGACUUAUGAGAUUCAACAAGAUAAAAGCUUGCUCGUGCAACCACCUCAACGCUUGGAAGAGCUCGAGGAUACUGGUGCCACAAACGAGCAGAUUGUGGACCGUGGCGAGUUUGUACAACCGCUGACUGCGGCAGAGAUUGAGCUGCUAAAGAAGUCUGGUUUACAUGCUUCAGAAAUCAUCAAAAGGCAGAUUGAGACGCACGUAAACUACGAGCUCAAAACGGAGUACAGCAAGGACAAGUAUCGAAAACGCAAGGAGGCAAAAUUUGCAAAGCAGAUUACCGUCUUACAACCGUCGUUGUUCAAUGUGGCCUCCUACUUGUUUGACAAAGAUCCUGUCAAGAUCCAAUACUUGCGAGUAGAUACCCUGGGCCAAAUCGCAAACCUUGCAAACCUUCGACCGGGAGGAAAAUUCAUCGUCAUCGACUCUAUAGGCGGACUUCUCGUCGCAACAGCACUAGAACGACUUGGAGGCGAAGGAACGGUUCUCUAUAUCACGGAAGCCGACUCUCCGCCACAAUUUCCUAUAAUAGAUCUGCUAAACAUGCCUGAAGAACACACGACCAUCUUGAAAUAUCUCGACUGGGCCUCCGUUGAUGAGGAGCACGAUCCUAUUCGUGCGCCAAUAGAACCCGAAGGCGAAUAUCGAUCAGAGGGCCAAAAAGGGCGAUACGAGAAACGAAGGCAAAUUAUAGAGGCUUACGAAAGGCUGCGUGAAGAACUCUUCGCCGGUGAAUGGGACGGUUUACUAAUUGCCUCACAAUAUGAGCCUUUCUCAAUUGUCCAGUGCCUUACUCCCUACCUGGCUGGCUCAGCAUCCAUCACUGUUUACUCGCAAUAUCUACCAAUCCUUACAGAACUCCAAAGCAAGAUGCGACCCCUACCUGCCUACCUCAACCCAUCCAUCACAGAGGCGUGGCUGCGGCAAUAUCAAGUCCUCCCUGGUCGAACACAUCCCUUGAUGAACAUGACAGGAAGUGGGGGAUACAUAUUACACGCUACACACGUCUACGAUGACAAGAAGGCACUUUCCGCGUUGGCAGGCUUUCGGCAGAGGCUCAAACAGAGAAGGAGGGCCAAAGAAGGUGCGGGAUCCUCUGAAGGAGACCAAGGGCAUAUGCAAGAAGACGUUGAUAUGGAAGACACAAAUUCAACAUCGUAA